AUGACCCAUUUUGAGGAGGAGGACAGAGCAGCUCGAUGUGCAGGCAGCUACACCCGAACACGUGUGUUUAAUCAGGCGGUGGAUGGCAGGGAAGAAUUUUCCACCCCAGCAGAGGUAGAUGAAUCGAAAAGCUACCAAUCCAAUGCUCUUGUAGCAGAACGCAGUCGAUCCGUCACUCAUUCGGGCCGCUCUGGUCUGGAAGAUCUUGCCAAACCCAAACUUUUCCUCAUGUCUCAGUUCGGCAGUGUGAAAAUGCAAGGGAGGGAUUCGGGAAACCGCAGCCGAACAGAUUCCAGCACAGCCUCGUAUUGCCAAGGGAUGGUCACCUUCAAACCCAGCUCGUCCACUGCGGAGGUGCACGAUGAACACAUCAGAGGAGUGCUGAAGGUGGGUGCUGUGGUCGAAGCCAGGAACCAAGAUGGGAUCUAUCAGGAGGCUACCAUCAACAAACUCACUGAUGCUAGUUUGUACACCGUCGCUGAAGAGCAGUGGGCGGCGUCUUUUAAAGCACUGAUCCUAUGUAACUCUGUCCUGAUGCGUCUGAUAACUCGUCUCUCUUUCUCUCUCCUGGGCUCAGUGUUUGAUGACGGCGAUGAGAAGACCCUCAGGCGCUCGUCUCUCUGCCUGAAAGGAGCGCGACACUUCGCCGAGACUGAAGAGCAGUGGGCGGCGUCUUUUAAAGCACUGAUCCUAUGUAACUCUGUCCUGAUGCGUCUGAUAACUCGUCUCUCUUUCUCUCUCCUGGGCUCAGUGUUUGAUGACGGCGAUGAGAAGACCCUCAGGCGCUCGUCUCUCUGCCUGAAAGGAGCGCGACACUUCGCCGAGAGUGAGACGCUCGACAGGCUUCCUCUGACAAACCCCGAACACUUUGGCACUCCUGUCAUCGGCAGAAAGGGAAACCGCGGAGGCCGACGCUCCAACCCCAUUCAAGAAGAGGAGUCAUCUUCAUCGUCUAGUGAGGAAGAGGAGGGCGAUCAGCAGCAAAACGAAGAGCUUUACGGCAAAGUGGUGUGUGUGGAUGGAGUCGUCACUAGCGACAAGAAGAAAACCACAUGGUAUCCUGCGCUGGUCAUCUCUCCAGACUGUCACGAAGAUGUGACAUUGAAGAAAGACAACGUUUUUGUUCGCUCCUUCAAAGAUGGAAAAUUUUACACAGUUUUGCGGAAAGACAUUCGAGAGCUGAAUGAAGAGAAAGCUCCUAAAGCGGACGCAGGACUCAAACCAGCGUUAGAUGCAGCGUGGGAUUUCCAGCGUAACCGCACUGUGCCCAACACGUGGAGGACGGAGGGGAAGGAUGAAAGCUCCAGCAGUGAGGAUGAUGAGGAGGAGGAGGAACACGAGGAAGAGGCCAGCAGCGAGGAGGAAGAGGAGGAAGUAGAGCCGUUCCCAGAAGAGAAAGACAACUUCCUACAGCAGCUUUACAAAUUUAUGGAGGACAGAGGAACUCCUAUCAAUAAGCGACCGGUGCUGGGCUACAGGAACCUGAAUCUUUUUAAACUCUACCGGCUGGUGCAUAAGCUCGGAGGAUUUGACAAUAUCGAGAGCGGAUCUGUCUGGAAGCAGGUGUAUCAGGAUCUGGGCAUCCCCGUGCUCAACUCCGCAGCCGGUUACAACGUCAAAUGCGCCUACAAAAAGUACGUGUAUGGCUUUGAGGACUACUGCGCCUCCACGAGAGUCACGUUCCGCAUGGAUCUGCCGUAUAAGACGGGCGAGAAGACGAGCUCAAAGAGCGAGGUGAACCCGGAGGAAGCGGUCAGCGGCGGAAACGCUGUCUCUUUAAGCACAUCCAGCGCAGGAGAAGAACAGAAAGCCAUCAAAGAACCAGAGACCUCCAGCAGCCCACACGUGGUCAAGGAGGAGAACGCAGAAUCCACGGCACCUUGUGAAGAUAAAGUGGACAUCAGCAGUGUAAAUGAGGAGGAGGAUAACCACGCUGAUGAAGAGGAGAGCGAUACGAAAGAGGAGGCCAGAGAAUGCGUCCCGACAGCGCAGAGUCCCGUCACUGAGAGUGUGAAGGAGGAACCAUGCGAGGAACCCGGCGACAAAGAUCGGUCAGGGUAUGACGAGUGGAUCAAAGCCGAUAAGAUUGUCAGACCAGCCAAUAAGAACGUCUCUAAAAUAAAGCACCGCAAAAAAAUAAAGCAGAAUAAAGCAGAACGAGAAAGAGACCGAAUAGAGCGACUGACAGACAGAGAGGAUCUUCCUUCAUCCAAAAAUCGCAUCAAUCGACUGUCCAAACCGAACUCUGGCAGUGAUGUUUUCUCCAAGAUGGAGGAGUGUGGUGAUAAAGGAAGCCAGCAGACGCCCGUCAAGCCCAUAGAGAUCACAUCCAUUCUCAAUGGCCUCCCAGGCUCUGAAAGCUCCACAGACGACAGUGAGCGAGAAGAACAUGGUGAUGCUGAUCACGACGACGAGGAUCAUCCAGGAGGACGAGCGAGCCUUCGGAAAGCAGGUCUUCCAGAGCGCCCGCAUACGCCACAGCACUGGGAGAGCGGGAGCCCGUCUGAAGCCUUCAAAGCUCCCGUGGUUGCGGACGAGGAGCCGAACGUCCUAGAAACGGGCAAGAGAAAGGGCCAAUUUGAGGUGGAGCUCGAAGGUCCUGGCGGCAGAAGAAAAAAAGCAGAAGGUCAAGGCGAGCGUGCUUUAAAAAGCCCAGGGAAAGGCAAAACUAGAAGCAGCAGAGGAGGCGAUUGGCUGCCAAGUAGUUCACCCAAAAAGUUGGAGGAACGAGGUCCGGUUGAGGAUAGAGGCGCUCAGUCGUGUAGCAGCUCUGAAGACGAAGCAGAUCCUCCAACAGGACCACAAACCAAGGAAGAACCAAGAGGAAAUCCCAAAACCAAGGGCUCCCCUUCAAAGAAAUACAACGGAGUGAAGGAGAAGAAUAAAAGCGGGCGUUCGGGAUUCUGGGAGAUCCCGGAGAAAAGAGCCAAAAUAUCCACAGGGAUCGAAGAAAGGUCACCUGGCUGUCGUACUAAAGGCCAGAAGGAUGUGUGGUCCAGUAUCCAAGUUCAAUGGCCCAAGAAGAUCCUAAAGGAUCUGUUUUCGGACUCGGACACCGAGGCGGCCAACUCGCCUCCACCCGCCGUAACGGCUCCGGACGAGCCCUGCGUCGAACCCUCCCGGGACGAUGAGAUCGCCGAGGACAAGCUGCAGGAGCAUCCCAGCAGCGGCACCAACUCGGUCCUCAACACGCCUCCGACUUCGCCGGAGUCGCCCGCCGUGGGCGAAGGACCCGCCGAGGUCCGAGCACCAUCGCCGCCCGCCAGUCCUCCAGCCGUCUCUUCACCGGCAGGACCUCUGAUGGAGGAGCAGGCGGGGGGGCGCAGCGAGUCUGACAGCAGCACGGUGGAGGUGGAGAGCUUGGGUGGAGAAAUCCAGGAGAUUCCUGGAGAAGAGGGGGCAGAUUCCCCUUCCAAGGCCUUCGAUGGAAACCUGUCCUGCAACAGUAACAGCAACUGUAGCCUGACGCUCAGCAACAGCAGCCAGCAGGAGAGCGAGCAGAAAGUCAAAGCCUCAUCCAGUCAGAAGCGGCACAAAGAGUCUCAAGGCGGCGGAGCAUCAAAGAAACACAAGCGCAGUCAUAAAAACCUGAGCUUACAUCCCAAGAAGAACCGCAAACCAGCCCACAGCAGUGACAGUGAGGACCAGUGUAUGAGCGAGAGCACUGCCAAAUCCCCCACAUCCAUCCCGCACAAGUGCUCCGGCCGGAUGCCCCCCUCAGGCCACAAGUACCACAAACACGCUGACCCGGAUCACUCCCACGACCGGACCAAGUGGAGCUUCCAGAUGUCGGACCUGGAAAAGAUGAGCAGUCUAGAGCGGAUAGCGUUCCUUCAGGAGAAACUGCAGGACAUCAGGAAUCACUACCUCCUGCUCAAAUCGGAGGUGGCCUCCAUCGACAGGAGACGCAAGCGCAUGAAGAAGAAAGAGAGAGAGAGUGCAGCGGCGGCCUCGUCCUCGUCCUCGCCGUCCUCCAGCUCUCUGACGGCGGCUGUCAUGCUGACGCUGGCGGAUCCCACGGUGUCCGGCACGUCACAGACCUCGGGGGUGUCCGUGGAGUGCAGGUGACAGCAGCGGGACGCCGGCGAGCAGCACAGAGCACUUAGCCAGCACCCCAAAGACACUGACAGACACAGCGACGGGGCGCAAACGUGACGAAACCAUAGCCACCAGACAGCAACAAGCACUAUUUUAUAACGACAACGGUUUCCUUGGCAAGCUAAUUGCACUCAAGUGCACUUUUUUUCUGGUGGGUCUGGUUUGACAACAGGACAAAGACUAUUUUUGUUUAUUCGUUUGUUCGUUUUACAAACCAACCCCUUCAUUUUUUUGACCAUUAUGAAUAUUUGAUCCCGUCUUCAUCUGCAGUGGCUGAACACUGUACUUCACCCUCAGAUCCACCGGUGUAAAGUCAGUCCCGGGCCGGAGCUGUUUGAGAGGCGGCGGAGUUUAGAAACAUGGGUAUUCACUGACGGUCAGUCGACGCUGCAGUGCCUUACGGUUCAGGCACUUGUGAGGAAUUCUGGGAAACCUGUAAUCGAGGGGUAGCUGUGUGUUUCAGAACGUAGAGCCCAAACUCUCAUUAAAGACAAUGUCUGGUUUUCUUUUAAAUCAUAACAGGGAUCAAGAGUCUGUCCAGGUCAUAUUUCACACUAAAAUUAAAAGA